UGGGCCGACCCAACAAGAAGAAGAACAAAAGCAGUAGCCAUUGGUGUUUUACAACGGCAACUGAAGGAAGAAGGUCGGAAACACGAUGAGUUCGUCCAACCUCAGAGAUCUUCAACGUGAAUUGGAGAACAAAGCCAAUGAUCUCAGCAAGCUCCAGAAGGAAAUUGCGAAGAAUCACCAGAUGAGGAAGAAGUACACGAUUCAGCUUGGCGAGAACGAGCUCGUCCUCAAGGAACUUGAUUUGUUGAAAGAAGACGCAAAUGUUUACAAGUUGAUUGGGCCCGUACUUGUUAAGCAAGAUUUGGCUGAGGCCAAUGCAAAUGUCCGUAAGAGAAUCGAAUACAUCUCUGCUGAAUUGAAGCGGCUUGAUGCCACUGUUCAAGAUUUGGAAGAGAAGCAAAAUAGCAAGAAAGAUACGAUACUAAAAUUGCAACAGAGGAUUCAAUCUCUUCAGUCUGGGAAAGGAAAGGCAUAAUUUGCCCUAAUAUAUUGUUCCGGCAUUUUACUUUAGGUGUGCUAAGGUUGAUGUGCAUUUGUAUUUUGAGCCUCUUCGUUUUGGACUGAAAGUUAAGUCUUAGGAAGGAAAAAAAACCGUUUGGAGAUUUGAGUGGAUAUUAUAGUUGGUAUUUUCAAAGUUUGUUUUAUUAGAAGGAAAUGAAAGAAAGACACGUUCUUCUCUCUUA